ACCAACAUUGGACAAAGAUGGGCAACAUCUUUGACAGAUUUGUUGACGUUGAUACCACCUCCUGUCUGAGUGAAAUUAUUGGGAUUGACUCCGACUCAGAAGAUCUAGAAAACUUCUGUAUCAGCCCUGAAGGGGCAGGACAUGGCCGAAGGUGCGCAAUCCCUUUAAUUGCUGAUGCAAAGAGGUUGCUGCGUCCAGAUAAAAAAUAUUUUAUGGCUUUGGGGGGUAUUGCCAAGCGCCCAAGGAUAGUGUCCAAUAAUGGUCCUAGGGUGGUAAUGCCUAUAAAUCAAGGGCUAAUUACUACUAGAAGGCAAACCACUAAGACCAGUAAACAUCCUUUUGUCAACACAACCAGAAACAACACCUCGCAUUUAUGUAGCAGCUUUGAGAAUGUAAAGCAUCCCAAGGUGCUUGACAGGGGCAUUUUCACACAAAACGUGGCCACUGCUGCUAAAACAUUUUGGAAAAAUCUGACUAAAAGCCUUGGCUCAAGUAUCAAUGCAAAUCCUUCAGCCAUCACAGUAUCCAACACGAGGACAUCUAUUACUGGAAAUGCUGUUACAAUGCCAAGAGUAACUCCUGUUCGGAACUCUCUACCUGCCACUCGAAGCACACGGCUAAUUGCCACCAAGAGACCUGGUGCAGCUACCACUAGAAGCCCUUGUGUGACUGCCAUGAAAAUUCCUAGAUCAAAAAUCGCUGCAAGAACUUCAACAGCUAUCAGGAAGAAUCCCAGAAUGGUAUCCAUUAGAAAAACAUCAGCGAUUCACACUGCAAUGCCGAGGAGCACUGCCAUUGAUAAUCCUUUGAUGACAACCACAAGAGGCCCAAGAAGGAUAUCUUUAACCGUCACCAGUAGAAAUCCUAUCACAGUCACCAACAGUCACCCCUCAGCAACUGCAAUUAGAAGCCAAAAGAGAUUGGGGAUUGGAAAUCAAAAUAAUGUUGCUGUUAAAAUUCCUUGCAUUGCGGCUGUUCAAAGUUCCAACAAGACCACCACUGAAAAGUCCAACAGUUGUGCUUUUCGAAAUUCCAACAGGACCUUCCAACAACUCAACAGGAUCCCCAUCCAAACGCCCAAUAGGACCACCAUCCAAAAACCUAUCAGGAUAACCAGUCGAUAUCCCAACCAAACUGCCCCUCGUACGCUCAACAGAAUUGCUGCUGAAGAAGUCAAAAAUCUCACCAUUGAACAGGCCGACAAGAGCAUGAUUCAAAAGACCAAAGAAUCGGUCAUUAGAAAACAUGACAAGGGGGUCAUUCCAAACCCAAACGUAAUUACGAUUAAAAAUGCUCAUGUUAUCAACAUUGGCUAA